AUGCCCUUCACAAACCUCAUCAUCGCCGGCUCAUCCGGCCUCAUAGCCAACCACCUCAUCCCCGCCCUCCUCCGCAACCCAACCUUCACCAUCACCAUCCUCACCCGCGCCAACACCACCAACCCACCGUCCUCCAUCCCCGGCGCAAAAGUCAUCCCCAUCAACUACAACGACCACUCCUCCCUCGUCAAAGCCAUCACCGGCGCCGACGCCAUCAUCUCCCUCCUCUCCGGCACAUCCUCCAAAGACAUCGACCUGAAGCUCCUGCUCGCCGCGCAGGAAGCCCGCGUGCGCCGCAUCUUCCCCUCCGAAUACACCCUCGACGUCCUGCACCCGGACGCCGUAUCCCUCCUCUCCGACCCGAAGCACUGGCCGCAGCCGGCGUCUGCCGUUGUAACUGCCCGGACGUUCGCGGCCCUCGCGCAGGACGGCCCCACGAGCUACACUACCAUUGUGCCUUCAGCGUUUAUCGACGGCUGGCUACGCGGGGACUUUGGGCUGUUUGACCCGAAGAAUCGGGGGGUGACGCUGAUUGAUGGCGGGGAGGAGUACUUCACGGGUUGUUCGAUGGGGUUUCUGGCGGAGGCGAUUGUGGCGGUUUUGAAGAUGGAUGAGGAGAGGACGAGGAAUAGGAGGGUUUGUGUGGCGGAGGUGAGGACCACGAUGGGGGAGAUUGCGCGUAUGUAUGAGGAUGUUAUGGGAGAGGAGGUUGAGAGGGUGGGUGUGUCUUCGGGGGAGCUUGUUGAGCGGAGGGAUGAGCUUCUUAAGAUGGGGGAUUUGGUCGGUGCUGCGUUUGUGGGGGUACAGAUUGGGGCGUUUAAUGGUGGGGGAGCUGGGGAUUUGAAAGAUGGGAUGGAGUUUGAUGGGGAUGGGGGUUUGAGUGUGCAGAGGAGGAGUUUGAGGGAGUUGGUGGUUGAGGCUGUUGGUAUGGGAGGUUGA